AACAAAAUCAGAGCUCCAAAGUGGCUAAAAUGCCCAUAGUUCACAUCCUUUCUCUCUCUCUCUCUCUCUCUCUCCUCUUUUCUGUCUGUCUCUCUCUGUCUCUCUCUCUCUCUCCCUUUCUCUCCAUAUAUCUUCUCUCUCUCUCUCUCUCCUCUUCGUCUUUUCUGUCUGUCUCUCUCGGUCUCUCUCUCCUUCUCCCUUUCUCUCCAUAUAUCUUCUCUCUCUCUCUCUCUCUCUCUCUCCUCUUCCUCCUCUUUUGUGUCUGUCUCUCUCGGUCUCUCUCUCUCUCUCUCUCUCUCUCCCUUUCUCUACAUAUAUCUUCUCUCUCUCUCUCUCCUCUUCCUCUUCUCUCCUCCUCCUCCUCUUUUCUGUCUGUCUCUCUUUCUCUCUCAAUUGUUUAAUUUAUCCCUCUUCUCUCGUGUCUUCUCUCUCUUUCCCAGUUCUACAACUUUCCACAACUCUCUUUUUUUUUAUUUUCUCUUACUUUGCCUUUCUUUCUACUUCUCUCUUUUACAAUACAUCAUCCCUCUAACACUUUCCAAAUUUCCUCUCUCUCUCUCUCUCUCUCUCUCUCUCUCUCUCUCUCUCUCUCUCUCUGUGCACUGUGUGGAGUAGAGGUUGAGAGGUCAGUGUUGAGUGAGUUGAGGUUAGACCCUCCCUCCCAGCCUGGUGGUAAGAAAGAGGUUGGCUGGAAUGUUUGGUUUCAGUCCGUCAUCACAGACGCCCGGUAGCAUGAGUGCACGCACACACACACACACACACACACACACACACACACACACACUUGAUCUCACACACACACACACACACACACACGUUCUGUGAGCACACGCUCCCAUGACACGGAGGCAGUAGACUGAAUAGAUCGCUCUGAGAGCUGUGUGUGAGUUCGGGUGGAUUUAUGUCGUACACACAGGAAGUUUGUAGUCUAUUUUUUAUGAGAAUUUCGACUUGGACUUUAUGCACCAGGAAAAUGCGUGGAACUGGACCUGGAAAUACAGCUUUCUAGUAAGCUGUCAUCACUGAAGUUUCGGGAAGCGUUCAGCCGGGAGUUUACGUCGCGGAUGCGAGUGUAUCGUUCUGGAGCCGUCCGAAAUGAUCGUGGUGGACUAUAUGGAUGAGAAUGAGGAGUAUUUUCAGCGCCAGGCUUCGCAUCGUCAGUCCCGGAGGAGAUUCCGCAAAAUCAACCAGAAGGGUGAAAGGCAGACCAUCAUCGACACGGUGGAGCCGUAUCAAGCGGGCAAGCCGCCCAUAACCCGCGGGUACCACACGCUCCCAGCGGACUUCAGCAGGCUUCACCUGGCUGACGGGAUCCACCCGCAGGUGACCCACGUCUCCUCCAGCCUCUCAGGAUGUAGCAUCACCAGUGACUCUGGGAGCAGCAGCCUGUCCGACAUCUACCAGGCCACAGAGAGCGAGCCAGGCGACAUGGACCUGAGUGGCCUGCCCGAGACCGCCGUCGACUCCGAAGAGGAUGACGAUGAGGAAGACAUCGAACGCGCCUCCGAUCCUCUCAUGAGCCGAGAUAUCGUCCGUGACUGCCUAGAGAAAGACCCCAUGGACCGCACGGAUGAUGACAUCGAGCAACUGCUGGAGUUCAUGCACCAGCUGCCGGCCUUUGCUAACAUGACCAUGUCGGUGAGGAGGGAGCUGUGUGCGGUCAUGGUGUUCGCCGUCGUCGAGCGAGCCGGAACCAUCGUCCUUAACGACGGCGAGGAGCUGGACUCGUGGUCGGUGAUCCUGAACGGUUCGGUCGAAGUGACGUACCCCGAGGGCCGCACCGAGAUCCUCUGCAUGGGCAACAGCUUCGGCGUCUCUCCCAGCAGGGAGAAAGAGUUCAUGAAGGGCGUGAUGAAGACCAAGGUGGACGACUGUCAGUUUGUGUGUAUAGCGCAGCAGGACUACUGCUGCAUCCUGAACCAGGUGGAGAAGAACAUGCAGAAGGUGGAGGAGGAAGGGGAAAUCGUCAUGGUUAAAGAACAUCGCGAGCUGGAUCGCACCGGCACCAGAAAAGGACACAUUGUCAUCAAGGGCACGACAGAGCGUCUGACCAUGCACCUGGUGGAGGAGCACUCAGUGGUGGACCCCACCUAUAUUGAGGACUUCCUGCUCACCUAUCGCACCUUCCUGUCCAGCCCCAUGGUGGUGGGCAGGAAACUGCUGGAGUGGUUCCAUGACUCCAGCCUCAGGGACAAGGUUACACGGGUAGUCUUGCUGUGGGUGAACAAUCACUUUAAUGACUUUGAAGGUGACCCUGAAAUGACGCACUUUCUCGAAGAGUUUGAGAACAAUCUAGAGAGGGAGAAAAUGUUUGGGCACUUAAGACUGUUAAACAUAGCUUGUGCUGCCAAAGCCAAGCUGCGGGUGGUGACUCUGACUAAGCCGUCACGCGAGGCUCCUCUGGCCUUCAGCCUGCUCGGUGGCUCAGAGAAAGGCUUCCGCAUCUUCAUUGAGAAUGUGGAGCCGGGCAGCAAAGCUGCAGAGGCGGGCCUCAAACGUGGAGAUCAGAUCCUGGAGGUGAAUGGGCAGAACUUUGAGAAUGUACAGCUGUCCAAAGCAAAUGAGAUCCUGCGCAACAAUACACAUCUGUCGAUUACUGUGAAAACAAAUCUCUUGGUGUUUAAGGAGCUUCUGGCUCAACCUGAGCACGACCAAGAACCUGACCACGAUGAAGAGCUGGACAGGAAGAACGGGGCGCCCCACAUUCCCAAGAUCGGGGACAUUAAGAAGGCGAGCCGUUACUCCAUUCCAGACCUGGCUGUGGAUGUGGAGCAGGUGAUGGGUCUGGAGAAAGCAAGCAAGAAAGCCAAGGCCAACACAGUGGGUGGGAGGAACAAGCUCAAGAAGAUCUUCGACAAGACUCUCACCAGCAUUCUACCGCCAAAGCCGUACAAUGAUGUUGGUGUAGGCCAGUCCCAGGAUGACAGCAUUGUGGGAAUGAAGCAGUCGAAACAGAUCCCUCCUGCUCUUCCGGUCAGCGGAAACUUAUCGUCCAGUAACCCCGACCUGCUGCAGUCUCACCAUCGCAUACUCGACUUCAACAACCAGCCAGACAUGUCGGACCAGGUGCUGCGCGUCUUCAAAGCUGAUCAGCAGAGUCGUUACAUCAUGAUCGGCAAGGACACUACAGCCAAGGAGGUCGUGGCUCAGGCCAUCCGGGAGUUUGCUCUGACCGCCGCCCCUGAAGCUUAUUCGCUGUGUGAGGUGUCCGUCACACCCGAGGGUGUAAUCAAGCAGCGCCGGCUUCCUGAGCAGCUCUCCAAACUGGCGGACAGAAUCCAGCUCAGCGGCAGGUACUACCUGAAGAGCAACAUGGAGACGGAGACGUUGUGCUCAGACGAGGACGCCCAGGAGCUUUUGAGGGAGAGCCAGAUCAGCCUGCUGCAGCUAAGCACGGUGGAAGUGGCCACGCAGCUCUCCAUGCGUGCCUUCGAGCUCUUCUGCGCCAUCGAGCCCACCGAGUACAUCGAUGACCUCUUCAAGUUGCGGUCGCGCUCGUCCGGACUUUCCAGCCUCAAACUCUUCGAGGAGUCCAUAAACCGAGAGACCUUCUGGGUGGCCACUGAGGUGCUGAGGGAACCCAACCAGCUGAAGCGCAUGAAGAUCAUCAAGCAUUUCAUCAAGAUCGCCCUGCACUGCCGCGAGUGCAAGAACUUCAACUCCAUGUUCGCGAUCAUCAGUGGUCUAAACCUGGCGCCCGUGUCCAGAAUGCGAGGGACUUGGGAGAAACUUCCCAGCAAGUACGAGAAACUCUUCAGUGACCUGCAGGACCUGUUCGACCCGUCCAGGAACAUGGCCAAGUACCGAAACGUUCUCAACAGCCAGAAUCUGCAGCCGCCAAUCAUCCCUCUUUUCCCCGUCAUCAAAAAAGACCUCACCUUCCUCCAUGAAGGCAACGAUUCAAAGGUGGACGGCUUGGUGAACUUUGAGAAGCUGCGUAUGAUCGCUAAAGAGAUCAGACACGUGGGUCGGAUGGCAGCCGUGAACAUGGACCCGGCGCUGAUGUUCCGCACCAGGAAGAAGAAGUGGAGGAGUUUGGGUUCCCUGAGCCAGGGCAGUGCCAAUGCUGCUGUCCUGGACGUGACUCAGACGGGUGGGCAUAAGAAGCGUGUAAGGCGGAGUUCCUUCCUCAAUGCCAAGAAGCUGUACGAGGACGCACAAAUGGCACGCAAGGUCAAGCAGUACCUGUCUAACCUCACACUGGAGACCAACGAGGAGAGCCUGCAGACGCUGUCUAUACAGUGUGAACCCUCCAUAAGUACACUGCCUAAGAGCUCAGGGGACAGGAAGAGGCCGGACACCUCGCCCGUGGUAGCGCGAGCUGCCCUGCACCCACGCCAGCAGCUCCAGAAAUCCAACCAGGCCCUGCAGGUGCCCACUGUCGCCCUCUACCCAUCCCGCAAGAAGGUGCCGGUCAAAGACCUGCCACCGUUUGGCAUGAAUUCUCCACAGUCCCUGAAGAAGAUUCUGUCUCUGUCUGAGGAGGCGACUGAGAGACACAGGAAGCAGACGGAAGAUGCUGUGUCUAGCACUUCGUCUCCUCCUACGUCUCCUCGUAGCUCCCCAAAGAAAGGUUUAGGAAGAGCGAGUGAUAACCUGUCAGACUCAGGCCACAGUGAGAUCUCUUCUCGCUCCAGCCUGGUCAGUACGUCCUCUCUGGACAUGGGCCAGGACGAGCGGCGUCUCCGAUAUGCGCACGCGAUCAGCGACGGUCACACCGGUGGGCACGGAGGUCACCGGCUCGAGCGUAGGGCUACAGCUGACCCGGACCAGUACAGUCUUGGCUCGUACUCGUCGGUGCAAGACUGGCGCGGCAUGUACGCUAGCACGGCCAUGCCUUCGUCGCCGAGCUCGGAGGAGUUAAGUCAGGAGCAGGGCGACCGCGUCUCCUUGGACGCUGCAGACUCGGGACGGGGCAGCUGGACGUCCUGCUCUAGCGGCUCGCACGACAGCAUCCAGGCCAUGCAGCAAGGCCGGAGCUGGGAGGCGCUGGCCGAGGGGGCGGGGCUGUGGGCCGGACGAGGCAGCUGGGCGUCGACCUCGUCGUGCUCGUCCUCGUCGGCAGCGUGCUGGGGAGACGAGUCCGAAGGAGACACGGGAACUAUCAAGCGGAGAGGAGGUAAAGACGUCGGCACCGACCCUGACACCUGCAGCAUCACUUCUACAGGAUCGGAGGAGUCUAAACAGCAGAGCCGCCGGCCGUCUCCCAUCACCGCCGGCACGACCAAGAGCAGCCUGCCACGCAAAGACGGCCGAUACCGUGAUCCCCCUCCCACUCCUCCAGGCUACACGGCUCUAUCCAUCUCGGAGGUGACGGAGGGGACGACGCACACGACCAGGAGGCCUCCGGACUACACCACGGCGCUGCAGCGCUCCCGCCUCGUUACGCACUCGCCUAAACCGGGGACCGAGCGUGAGGGAGAGGAAGACGAGGAGGAGGUAGAGGAGGAGGGUGAGUGCUUAUCUCCCAAACUCAGAGAUCAGAGGAGGAGAGGUCCACACACAGCAGUGCCCCCCAAGCCAUGAGUCACACACACCACUCUGGCAGGCAGAGGAUGAGCAGGUGUCCGCUGUGUGAACAGACGACACUUUCCUUAUUGUUCGGCUCUCGCUGCAGUAACUGAAGGCCUGAGAGGCCCGUUAAAGGCAGACAGCCAGCCAGCCAGAGCAACCAAUCAUCACCUCGAUGCCACUGCCUGUCUCUCUCCUGAUUGGUGGAUUCAUCUCCCUUCUCUGCCUUAAAGCGUCAUGAGGGGUUUUUAUCACCCUGCAUGCUAAAAUACUGUGAAGAAAGGAAGAGAACGUUCGAAACGAAUAAAUUACCUGGCACUUUGGAAAAAUCGAAUUAUUUCGCUUAAAGUAGUAAACAACAAGAAGAAGAAGAACUCGAACCUGAAUUCA